UCUGUCAUGCCAGUGAAAUGUCGCACUGAGCUGGAAGAAAAGAGGCAUGCUGUAUGAGAGGGUGUGCUGGAGGAAGAAGAGCAGCAACCCAGAUUCAUGAAGACACAGAAACACACACACUGAAGAAGGAGAGAGGAGAGAGAUGUCAGGGAAUAUGAGACUCUUCUUUUGCAGCUCCAGAGCUCAGUGAAGUGGGACGAAGUCAAAGCCAGAGAGGACAGUGUGACACAGAAGGAGAGAGAGAGUGUGUGUGUGUGUCUCUCUCUCUCUCUGUGUGUGUGUGUGUGUGUGUGUGUGUGUGUGUGUGUGUGUGUGUGUGUGUGUGUGUGGAAAAGUGAGUGAGAGACCCGGGGAAAACGUCAUCUGCCCAGACUGGACUACCGGACUGCGAGCAUACGAGCACCGUCCGGAGGAGGAGGAAGGACAGUGGCUCCACUGUGUAGCCGGACAGAGAGUCACUGUGCUCGGACAGCAAAGCGUUGCUGUAACCGGUCCUCUCUCUUAGCGGCAGCGGGGCUGAAUGCUGGAGGACACCGCGGAAAGUGACACGAAGAGCAGGCUGUUAAUGAGUGAUUGACGGCGGGGGGAGAACAUGGAUACUUCUCCGGUCACCCCAGCGUCGCUAGAAGGAGGGACACCUUCACCCAUGGAGAAUGAGGGGCCCGCUACAACCCGACAGUCGGACAGUAACACCAGUUUCCUGCGAGCAGCGAGGGCAGGAAACAUAGACAAGGUUUUGGAAUAUCUGAAAGGAGGAGUGGACAUCAGCACCUGCAAUCAGAAUGGUCUCAAUGCUCUUCACCUGGCAGCAAAGGAGGGACACUUGGACCUGGUCCAGGAGCUCCUGGAUAGAGGGGCAGCAGUGGAUUCAGCAACAAAGAAAGGAAACACAGCUCUUCACAUAGCCUCUCUAGCCGGUCAGGCUGAAGUGGUAAAGACCCUGGUGAAACGAGGAGCUGACAUCAACGCACAGUCCCAGAAUGGGUUCACUCCUCUGUACAUGGCGGCUCAGGAGAAUCACAUGGAUGUGGUGCGAUAUCUGCUUGAGAAUGGAGGAAACCAGAGCACGGCUACAGAGGAUGGCUUCACCCCUCUGGCCAUCGCCCUCCAGCAGGGCCACAACCAGGUGGUGUCUGUGCUACUGGAGAACGACACUAAAGGAAAGGUCCGGCUUCCUGCUCUGCACAUCGCCGCACGCAAGGACGACACCAAGUCAGCCGCCCUGCUGCUUCAGAACGACCACAACGCUGAUGUCCAGUCGAAGAGUGGAUUCACCCCGCUGCAUAUCGCUGCCCACUACGGCAACGUCAAUGUGGCCACGCUCCUGCUGAACCGAGGGGCGGCGGUCGACUUCACGGCAAGGAAUGGGAUCACUCCUCUUCACGUGGCGUCCAAACGAGGAAACACAAACAUGGUGGGUCUCCUACUGGACCGAGGAUCCCAGAUUGACGCUAAAACACGGGAUGGUCUGACUCCUCUUCACUGUGCGGCUCGGAGCGGGCAUGAUGGGUCUGUGGAGCUGCUGCUGGAGAAAGGAGCGCCGAUGCUGGCCAGGACCAAGAACGGGCUGUCUCCUCUUCACAUGGCGGCUCAAGGCGACCACGUGGAAUGUGUCAAACACCUGCUGCAGCAUAAGGCUCCUGUUGAUGAUGUCACACUGGAUUACCUGACAGCGCUGCACGUGGCGGCUCACUGCGGUCACUACAAAGUCACCAAACUGCUGCUGGACAAGAGGGCCAACCCCAACGCCAGGGCGCUGAACGGCUUCACUCCUCUGCACAUAGCCUGUAAGAAGAACCGAGUGAAAGUGAUGGAGCUGCUGGUCAAAUAUGGAGCCUCUAUUCAGGCGAUAACUGAGUCUGGUUUGACUCCCAUCCACGUAGCCGCCUUCAUGGGUCACCUGAACAUCGUCCUGCUGCUGCUGCAGAACGGAGCCUCGCCGGACGUCAGCAAUAUUCGUGGAGAAACGGCGUUACACAUGGCGGCCCGGGCAGGUCAGGUGGAGGUGGUGAGAUGUCUGCUGAGGAACGGAGCCAUGGUGGAUGCUAGAGCACGGGAGGACCAGACUCCGCUCCACAUCGCCUCCCGUCUGGGUAAAACUGAGAUUGUUCAGCUGCUCCUGCAGCACAUGGCUCACCCUGAUGCAGCCACAACAAACGGCUACACCCCCCUGCACAUCUCCGCCCGGGAGGGGCAGGUAGAGACAGCAUCUGUCCUGCUGGAGGCCGGAGCUUCACACUCACUGGCCACAAAGAAAGGUUUUACUCCUCUGCAUGUGGCCGCUAAGUACGGGAGCCUGGAUGUAGCCAAACUUCUGCUGCAGCGUCACGCUCCGCCUGAUUCUGCGGGGAAGAACGGCCUCACCCCGCUCCAUGUCGCAGCACAUUAUGAUAACCAGAAGGUGGCGCUCCUGCUUCUGGACAAAGGAGCGUCCCCGCACACUAUGGCCAAGAACGGCUACACCCCUCUCCACAUCGCCGCCAAGAAGAACCAGAUGGAAAUCGCGACGGUGCUGCUGCAGUACGGAGCCGAGACCAACAUCCUGACCAAGCAGGGCGUCACCCCGCUCCACCUGGCCUCUCAGGAGGGACACGCCGACAUGGCCGCCCUGCUCAUCAGCAAGGAGGCGCAGAUCAACGUCGCCACCAAGAGCGGCCUCACUGCUCUCCAUCUGGCAGCUCAGGAGGAUAAAGUGUCCGUCGCAGAGAUUCUUGCCAGGAACGGAGCCAACCUCGACCAGCAGACCAAAUUGGGAUACACCCCGUUAAUUGUAGCAUGUCACUAUGGAAACGCCAAGAUGGUCAGCUUUCUGCUUCAGACCGGAGCCAGUGUUAAUGCAAAGACGAAGAACGGAUACACACCCCUCCACCAGGCAGCGCAGCAAGGAAACACACACAUCAUCAACGUACUGCUGCAGAACGGCGCCAAGCCCAACGCUAUCACUGUGAAUGGUAACACCGCUCUGGGCAUCGCUCGGCGGCUCGGUUACAUCUCCGUGGUCGACACGCUGAGGGUCGUCACUGAAGAGAUCAUCACCACGACAACGACGGUGACGGAGAAGCACAAGCUGAACGUGCCGGAGACCAUGACUGAAGUGCUGGAUGUGUCUGAUGAAGAGGUGUUGAGAGCCAUUGAUGAUGAUGAUGAUGAUGUUAUGUCAGACGACCCGAUGGAGGAGGAAGGUGAUGACACGAUGACAGGUGAUGGAGGAGAGUACCUGAGGGCCGAGGACCUGCGAGAGCUCGGAGAUGACUCGCUUCCCGGACAGUACAUGGAUGGAAUGAACUACCUCCGCUUCAGCCUGGAGGGGGGACGCACUGACAGUUCCGACCGGUCGUUCACACCCACCCACCACAGCUACUACUCCCCCAAACAUGAUGGGAUCAUGGACGAGAUACUCAACUGUCAGGUUUCUUCACUUGGCAGAGAGAACGAGAGGGAUUCGUACCGCCUGAGUUGGGGCACAGAGAACCUGGACAACAUCGCUUUGUCCUCCAGCCCCAUUCACUCUGGCCAAUCCUCUCCGUGCCAUGAUCAUGGAGACCACAGCAGCUUCCUGGUCAGCUUCAUGGUGGAUGCCAGGGGCGGAGCCAUGCGUGGUUGCCGGCACAACGGCCUACGCAUCAUCAUCCCUCCAAGGAAGUGCAGCGCUCCCACACGGGUGACGUGUCGACUGGUGAAGAGGCACCGCCUGGCCACCAUGCCGCCCAUGGUGGAGGGGGAGGGUCUGGCCAGCAGGAUCAUCGAGGUGGGGCCGUCUGGAGCUCAGUUCCUCGGUAAACUCCACCUCCCAAAUGCACCCCCGCCUCUUAAUGAGGGGGAGAGUUUGGUUAGCAGAAUCCUGCAGCUCGGCCCGCCGGGGACAAAAUUCCUGGGUCCUGUGAUCGUGGAGAUCCCACACUUCGCUGCCUUGCGAGGUAAAGAGAGAGAGCUGGUCAUCCUGAGGAGCGAGACCGGAGAGAGCUGGAAGGAGCAUCACUGUGAGCACACACAGGAGGAGCUCAACCAGAUCCUCAACGGCAUGGACGAGGAGCUGGACUCACCAGAGGAGCUGGAGAGGAAGCGCAUUUGCCGCAUCAUCACUAGAGAUUUCCCACAAUACUUUGCGGUGGUGUCACGCGUCAAGCAGGACAGUAACCUGAUUGGUCCCGAAGGAGGCAUCCUGAGCAGCACUGUUGUUCCCCAAGUACAGGCCGUGUUUCCUGAGGGGGCGCUCACCAAGAGGAUCAGGGUCGGACUACAGACCCAGCCGGUGAAUGUGGAUGUAGUGAGGAAGAUCCUCGGGAACAAGGCCACCUUCAGCCCCAUCGUCACCCUCGAGCCCCGCAGGAGGAAGUUCCAUAAACCCAUCACCAUGACCAUCCCCGUCCCCAAGAGCAACUCUGACCCCGUCCUCAACGGCUUCGGAGGGGACACGCCCACUUUACGACUCCUCUGUAGUAUCACAGGUGGAACCACGCCGGCUCAAUGGGAGGACAUAACAGGAACCACUCCGUUAACGUUCAUCAAUGACUGUGUUUCCUUCACCACCAAUGUUUCUGCACGAUUCUGGCUCAUAGACUGUCGACAAGUCCAGGAAUCUGUCAACUUCUCCACCCAGGUGUAUCGGGAGAUCAUCUGCGUCCCCUACAUGGCAAAGUUCGUCAUUUUUGCAAAGACCCACGAUCCCAUCGAGGCACGCCUGCGCUGCUUCUGCAUGACGGACGACAAGAUCGACAAGACCCUGGAGCAGCAGGAGAACUUCACAGAGGUGGCCCGCAGCCGAGACGUAGAGGUCCUGGAAGGCAAACCCAUCUAUGCAGACUGCUUUGGAAACCUUGUUCCCCUCACCAAAAGUGGCCAACACCAUCUCUUCAGCUUCUUCGCCUUUAAGGAGAACAGACUCGCACUCUUCAUCAAAAUCAGAGACAACACUCAGGAGCCGUGUGGCCGUCUGUCGUUCAUGAAAGAACCCAGAAACUACAGGUCACUCGCACAAAACGCCAUCUGUAACCUCAACAUCACACUCCCAUCAUACUGCAAGGAUUCAGAUUCAGACCAAGAGCAAGAGGAAGAGGUCAGCAGGACGCAAGAGAAAUAUGAAGAGACGGAGACAUCAGUCCUGAAAUCAGAGCUGAUCCGAGAACCAGACCUCCUAUCCGACGUGUCAGAGAUGAAACAGGAUUUGAUUAAAAUGACGGCCAUCUUGACCGCAGACUCGACAGAGAAAUCCUCUUCUUUAAGAGGGUGUGGUCUAGAGGCUGAGGAUGUUUCCGGAGAGCCGUUAGAAAUAAUGGAGAAGGACUUAGAGAAAGUCAAAGAGGACCUAGAGAAAGUCAGUGAGAUACUGAGGAGCGGAACGUAUGAGGGUGAAGCUGCAGCGGAGUUAGCAAAAGCAGCUAGAAUGGCAGAGGAGUGGGUUCUCCUCUCAGACAGCGAGAUAGAGGAGGCCAAAAGGAUGGCAAAAUUAGAAACUCAAGAGCCUGUCUUACGGGAGACUAGAACAAACAGAGGGGCUCCCAGGCCUAAAGCCAUAAAGGACAGUGGUGACCUUAAAGAAUACCUCCUGGAUGCACCGGUCAGCUCCAAAACAAAAGCUAAAAAAGAGCCAGCUGCUCAAGAAAAAUUCACCGAUGUUGUUCUCCGCAAAGGUGCAAAACCAACCACUCCAACCAAAGCGCAGGACAAAACUGCUGCUGGUGAUGUUAAAAAGCCAGUCAGGAGAAAGGGAAAAGACCAGGUAGAGGAGUCGACAGAUGCAGGUGCUCUGCUUAGUGUGCCUACAGCCCCUUCCCCAGCAUCACCUGUAUCCCCGGUGGUUGAAGAAACUCCCAUUGGGUCAAUAAAGGACAAAGUCAAAGCCUUACAACAAAAAGUAGAGGCAGAGCAAAAGAGCAAAAAAGUCACUGGAAGCAAGCCUUCACAAUUGCCUGUUAUAAGCAAACCUUCUCCAAAAGCCAAAGAAAGCCCUAAAUCAAAACAGGGCCCGCCUAAAUCCCCCAAAGCUGAAUCUGAAAAACUUGAGGAGACCAUGUCAGUUAAGGAACUCAUGCAAGCCUUCCAGACGGGGCAGGACCCCUCAAAGAGAAAAUCUGGGUUAUUUGAGCUCAAGUCAUCCACAACGUCAAAAUCAGAGAAAACAACUAAAUCAGAAACCAUCCAGUCAAAAUCAUCAGCCAAAGCUGCAACCUCACGAGUCUCUCAAGAACGAGAAGUGUCUUUGGAUUCCAAACCUCGCAAGAAAGCCGCUGAGGCCACUCAGCAGGACAAAGAGAAAGAAACCAAACCAGUUGCUGGCACCCAUUCAGAGCUAACUGAAACUGUAGACUUUGGAAAUAGUGGCCUUGAUGAUAGCUCUGACAGCUCCAAACAUGAGGGUGUGGCAGAGACACUAAGUGCCAGUUCAGGAGAUGCAACCCCUCAAAUGAGCUCCGAGGACAGUUUCAAACACGAGGGUCUUGCUACUCCAAGCACGAGCCCAGAAAGUCUUUGCCUUUCUCCAAAAACUGGACAGCAGUCGUCUAUAACAUCUGAAACAGUCAAAAAAGAGAGUAAAGAGACAGAGCAGUCUGCAGACUCUGGUGUAGGGACCACUGGUGACCAACUCUCUACAGAAUUGGCCCUCCCUGCCUCUUCCAGCGAGGCUGCUGAAGACCACGCUACAAGUGAGUCUAUUUCUGUUAGGAGGAGUGAGCCUAAGCCAGCCAAACCUCAAAAGCUUACAAAGAGAGUUUCAGAGACUGUAGAAACGUUUCUUAGCGAUGACGACAGCCCUGUUCGUCAGCUAGAAUUGCCUUUAGUUGGUUCUUUAACCUCGUUAUCCUCUUUUCAGCGUCAUGAUAGCUUAGAGCUGGCUUUAAAGCAGGACUCCGAUGCCCUCAGUCCAUUAGCUGACGACUCUUUGACAAUAAGCCACAGAGACUCUCUAGAUGGUAGUCCUCUCAUGGACGAAAACUCCUCCCAUAAAUCCCCAGACUCCAUUGAACCUAGCCCAACCAGGGAAUCCCCCCCUCAUGACUCAUUAGAGAGCAGCCCUGUAGAGCAAAAAAGCCACCCAUCCUUCCCAUCAGCUCUAGGUCCAUCUAGUGAACACUCUAGCCAUCCAGAGCCUUCCAAAGCUACAGAGUUCCCCCAAGAUGCUUUGCGUGGUAGGCUGCUCCGAGACCAUGAGCCUAGUGCUGAUGAUGACAGUUGUGAGCAGAUGUCUCAGAUGACAAGUUCGGGUAAGAGUCCCCUCUCUCCUGACACUCCUAGUUCUGAAGAGGUAAGUUAUGACGUAAACCCCAAUCCCCCAGACCAUUCAUUCCUAACUGUUCCAUCCACAUCGGCUGUCAUCCCCGAAGACCCAGAAGAAGAGGAGACAUCAGACAGCUAUGAAGCUCAGAGAAAAAUUACUCCAGAGGAGGAAAUGUUUAAGAUGGCAGCCAAAAUAAAAACAUUUGAUGAAAUGGAACAAGACGCAAGGAGCAAAAAGAACUCUAGAAAAGAUGCCAAAAUAGGGGAUGACAGCUAUGAAAAGUUAGACUCCACAACAGGUUUGCAUGAAGGAUCCCACAGCAAAGAGGUCAAGAGCACAACAACAGCCAAUGUAACUUCAGAGGGAUCUGACUCUGUCUCAGACCAGCAUCAUUCAAAGUCAAAUCUGGAAACUUCACCGGAACAAAGUGUCCCACAGUCUGUAAAAUCUGAUAAAGACAGCACUGCGAAAAAGGCUGCUGCAACGUCAAGCGCUUCUAAUAGGACUGAUGAGCAAAAGGAGGAGAGUUUGAGGAAGUUUAAAGAAACCAAAGGAGAUGAUAAGGAUGGUCAAGAGUCAGAUGGUAGCAAUCGGCAGACCGGUGUGCUAAAACAAGGCAAUAAUGUAACAGAUGAAGUGAAAGGAGAUAAAAAGGGGCCCACAGGAGCGCCAGAGGCUGGACACAGUGCAACUGGUGCCUUGACUCAAACAACAGAAAAGUUCAAACCGGAGGUGUGUAUCUAUGACGACACAGAAGAGGAUGAUGAGGGAAUAGAGCCUCCGAGAACUGAAUCAAAAGGAGUCACUGCACGAGCAGACACCGACUCGUGGUCAGCCAUGAGGGAGGACGACGCCACGUUUGAAGCUCGUGUUAAAGAAGAGGAACAGAAAAUACUAAAUCUGGUAGUGGACCGUCAGUCUCUGCAAACAACUCCAGACACAACACCUGGUAGAACUCCAACAGAAGAAAGCACACCCACCAGUGAGCCCAACCCUUUCCUGUUUCAGGAGGGGAAGCUCUUUGAAAUGACCCGAAGUGGUGCUAUAGACAUGACUAAGAGGAGCUACGAAGAAGAGGGUGCUGGUUUUGCCUUUUUCCAAUUAGGGGAACAGCCUGUAGAGGAGCCUCCUUUAGAAGAGGCCAGGCAAGAAAGUAUAGGAGCAGCAGCAGAACCUGAAGUUGGCCUCAAUCUAACAUUAGAGAUUAAAACUGAUGAGCCUGAGAAACCAAAAGAAAAAAAUGAUUCUCAGCUUCAGUCCCCACCUGAAGGUGACCAGCAAACCUCUAAAUCUGAUACCUCCAAAUCUAAAAUCCCUAAAAUGGGCAUAGCAGCUUCAGCCAAACCUACAAAGAAAGAUCAGACAUCCCCUGAAAGUCUAGAAGCUAAAAAAGAGAAAAAGGUCAAUGAAACAAGCUUAGAUUUAGACACAAGUUCCCCUGACCAGCUGAUAACAAAUGUACAGACAGCAGAAACAACAGUCACUAGAUCAGUUUACCCUGAGCAAGGACAGGAGUCCUCUGAUUCAUCCCCAGAGGAACCACAGUCAGUGAUAGAAGCCCCAAAAAACACAGGAAAGUCCAAACAAAAUGCUUCCAGUAGUGUUAAAAAGGCCCCUGUCAAAACACCCGCUAAAUCUGCUCCUCAAAGUCGGGGUAAAUCCUCAAUCCCCUCUCCAUCCCAUUCAACCCCCUCUUCAACCACUCUCAGAAAAGAGCCCUCUUUCACUUCAGAAUCUAAAUCUAGAAUUCCCGUCAAGGCUAGCGCUCCAAAGCCUGACUCAAAUGUCAGACGUGCUGAAUCCACUCAGGACAAAAAGCUGAAGGUCCCUGUCAAAAAGGAUCCAAGAAGAAAAUCUGAGACAGAUGCAGGUCCCUCUGUUGAUGUCAAAACCAAGACAUCUUCUCCCAAAGCCAAGAGCUUCUGUGAGGGAGAGUCUACCAGGCCGUCUGCUAAAAAAGAGGGUCGCCCAUUGAGCGCAGAGUCAGCAAAAUCUAAAAGCUUCCAGUCCAGGUUGCCAGUUCGAGGAAAAAGCGGUCAGACAUCUCCUCUGACGACGCCGACUAAAGAGAAAGUCGAGCCACAAAAACAGUCCAUUGAAUGCUUCGAAGAGAUAGCCGACGAAGCGGCAAAACUUGUGGCGAGGUUGGCACAGGCAGAGACAGAACGGGAAGCUGCAGCGGCCAUCUCAGACGAUGAGAGCAGUCUCAUUGAUACGUCAAUCAUAGAAAGAGAAACUUUCCCUGAGAUGCAGUUCCCUCCCUCAGGAGACGUCUUUCCCAUUAGACCACUGUGGGACGACCCUGUUGAGACACAGAUGCAGCGAAUCCCAGACGAUAAAGUCCAAAGUCAAGUAGAUCCACAGGAUGAAGCAGAGAGAAAAGAGCAACGGUUGGCCAUUAUAGCCGACCAUCUGGGCUUCAGUUGGACAGAGCUGGCACGAGAACUGGAGUUUAGUGAGGAGAGAAUUAACCUGGUAAGGAUUCAAAACCCCAACUCUCUUCAAGACCAAAGCCACGCCCUUUUGAAACUUUGGGCAGAGAGGGAGGGAAAGCACUCCGAAGAGACGACGCUGAUCAAAAGACUGACUAAGAUCAACCGAAUGGACAUAGUUCACCUCAUUGAGACCAAGAUCAACAAGUCCCAUCAAGACGAGACGUCAUCACAUACCUAUGCAGAAAUAGAGAGGACCAUAGCUCUGGAUCAUAGUGAAGGUUUCUCUGCCCUUCAUGAAGACAUUGACAGCCCAAGACCAGGCAGGCGCACUGAGGCCACACGAAGGAGUCCGGGCUCUGGACAAGACGUUCCCAUGGUGUCGGCAGAGGAACUUUCCUGCAGUUUGUCAUCACUUCACGAGACAACGGGACGAUCAGAGGUGGAUUCCACAGCAAGAGGCCUUCUGAGAAACACACAGAAAGAGAAACUACAGAAAGAGAUGGAGACAGCAUACUCAUCAGAAAGAGUGUACGAGGAAGUGGCAGACACGGUACACACAGGCAGUUUCAAACAAGCGGAUAAUCUCCCAGACAUCCCACUACAGACCGUCACAGAAGAGAAGUAUACAGACGAGCACGGGAACAUGGUCGUGAAGAAGAUCACGCGGAAGGUGAUUCAUAAGUAUGUGUCAGCUGACGGCAUGGAGACGCAGGAAGUGACCAUAGAGGGCUCUCGCCAGGAGUCGGUGCAGAUCGAGGAGGGGGACACCGUCUCCAGAGUGGUGAAGAGAACGGUGCUCCGCAGUGAGGGAGACCAGAAAGAGUUGACCUUCUCGGAGCCCCGCGCAGCCACAGCAUCAGAAUUUGAGGCUGAGCCAGUGCAAGGUCGAAAGGUCAGCAAGGUUGUCAAGACAACCGUGGUGAGAGGCGAGAGGAUGGAGAAGCAGACGGGAGACCCCUCACUGGCUGCAGAUCUCCCCUCAGCCCGGGAGGACUUUGAGAAGGCGUUGAGCUAUGCUGGAGGUUUUGGGAAAGUGCUCGUGCCUCAUGUAGUAGAGAAAGAGAUUGUGCAGGACGACGGUUCUGUGGUCAAAAGAAGCCAAAUGCGUAAGUCUCGGACCCAGAAGAGGACUGUGGUGAGGGAUGCCCAAGGGAAGCAUGUGCACCUGGAGCUUCUGGACGACACCCCGGACGCCCUGCAGCCCGACGCCCUGCAGCAGCACCUGCACCGACUUCUCCAACACUACUGUGAGGAUGACCAGGAGGAGGAGGAGGAGGAGGAGGAGGAGGAGGAGGAGGAGGAGGAGUUCUUUGACUGAGCCGCUGCUCCUUACAUCUUCCACUGAAGCCUUUGGUGUUGUCCGCUGCCUCUGAUCCAGAUGUUCCCCUUCUUGUUGUCCUCGCUGAUCACUGGAUUUCUCUUUUUUCGUUCAAUAACAGAACAGUGUUUCUAUGCUUUUCCUCCACGUCGUGUUUCUUUUGCUCUUUUUGUGACCAAAGAUAGCACCCUUCUUUUUUUGUCGAAUGAUGUUUUUUUGUUUUUUUUACCUUCUGGCUGCUUGUGGUUGUAUUUACGGUACGACGCACCAAAGGUUGAUCAAAGUCAAAGAGGGCAUCUCGGACGUUUCACCUCACGCACGGGCC